UUCUUUUUUCUGCUGGUGGGUCGCUGCACAGGCGGCCGCUGGAACCCAAGCAGAAGGAAGCAGGGAAGUUCCGGGACCUUCGCCGCACCUUUGCACGCGCUUUCACUCGCAGCUAAUGGUUCAUCCUUCCUGAGUCUCGGUUUUCCCGGAUGUGGAACAGACGCUUUGUGUCUUAGCCUUGAGUGCGACUGUCAGCCUGCGGCCGCCCAGCCCAGUGGUGUGUGGGGUUCGGAUGAGCCCGCAGGUUCCGGCCAGGCCGGCGUAGCUGAUGGACUCGCCGCAGGUGGGUGGAGGUGCCUCAGACCCUCACCCGCGGGAUCUCCGGUUUAGGAACUGGUUGUGUUCUGGACCUCCGCCUAUACAUGAAUCCGGGGCCUUGAUGAUUACUUUCCCUUAGCAUCCUGAGUCCAGGCCAGAGGUUAUAUGGUGGAGUUCACGUUUCUGGAAUCCCAUGGGAAAAGAUCUGGAAGAGUGUCCAGGCACAAGGACCAGCAUGUGCAAAUUGCUUGGAGGCUGGAGACAUCCAAGAAGUGGAGGCUUGGGUGUGGACACUGUGUGCAGCUGUGGCUUGGGUUCAGGAUGGUGACCAAGCCUCUGAGCAGAGAGUACACCUGGAAUUUUUACAAAAUGAAGAAUGGAAGCAACAGCGGUUGGAUUGGCCUGGAAACAGUUACCAGUGGGACUACAAGGGAAGAGGGAUACCAACGGUGCCAGGACCUCUUACCUCCUCUGAAGUGGGGGCCUGAGAAGGAGGAUCAGGUGCAGCUCAUCUAUUGGCACCCUGACUCAGCUGUCCCAUCAUUGCAGAGCCCGGUGACCUUUGAGGAUGUGGCCGUGUACUUCUCCAAGGAGGAGUGGGGCCUCCUUGAUGUAACCCAGAGGCACCUGUACCAUGAUGUGAUGCUGGAGAACUUUGAGCUCAUGACCUCUCUUGGUUGUUGGCAUGGAAUGGAACAUGAGGAGGCCUGUUCCAAGCAGAAUGCUUCUGUAGAAGGGGUGUCACAGGUCAGGAUCCCCAGUGCACAUUCUUUUACCCAGAAGACUGAUAUCUGUGACACAUGUGGCCCAUUCCUAAAAGACAUUUUGCACCAAGAUGGGCAGCAAGGAGCACAUCCUGAGGAGACCCCCUACACGUGUGGAAGAGAAUCUGGGUUUAGUGCAAGCCUUCCCCAGUACCAGACAGAGCACAGUAGAGACAACCCCUUCAGACAGAACAAGGACGGAGAUCCGUUUGUGAAGAGUACUGUAGUCUGUCUGUCAGAGAAGCCCUUCACUUGCAGGCAAGGUAGUAAGGAUGUCUCAGACAGCCAUGACCUCCUCUGGCACUCAGCCAUCGACAGCGGUGGGAAGCCACAUAGAAGCACAGAGUGCAGGGGGGCCUUCCCACACAGUUCCCAUCCUGUGCAGCUCCUCAAGUGCAGUGACUGUGGCACAGACUUCCAGAAGAGCUCCACCCUCCUAAACCACCCGAAAAUGCACUCUGAAGAGAUACUGUUUAGAUGUCCAAUAAUUGGAAAUUCCUUAGAGGCGAAAUCAACCCUUGAUAAUUACCAAAAGUUUCACACUGGAGAAGCAUCUCAUGUGUGUAAGGAAUUUGGGAAGGCCUUUAGUCACCCAUCUAAACUGAGGAAGCACAAGAAAUUUCACAGUGGAGUAAAAUACUAUGAGUGUAGCAACUGGGGGAAAACUUUCAGUCACAAAAUCACACUUGUUCAUCAUCAGAGAGUUCACACAGGAGAAAGGCUUUACGAGUGCAGUGAGUGUGGGAAAACCUUCAAUAACAGGUCACACCUCACUCGACAUCAGAAAGUUCACACCAAAGUAACACCAUAUGAAUGCACUCAAUGUGGUAAAGCCUUCAGCCGCAGCUCUGCUCUCAUUCAGCACUGGAGAAUUCACACUGGGGAACGGCCUUUUGAAUGCAGCGAAUGUGGGAAAUCCUUCAGCAAUAGCUCCACCCUCAUACAGCACCAGAAAGUUCACACUGGAGAACGACCUUUUGAAUGUAGUGAGUGUGGGAGAGACUUCAGCCAAAGCUCCCACCUCUUGCGACAUCAGAAAGUUCACACUGGAGAACGGCCUUUUGUGUGCAGUGAAUGUGGGAAAUCCUUCAGCAAUGGCACCACCCUCAUUCAGCACCAGAAAGUUCACACUGGACAAAAGCCUUACGAGUGCAGUGAGUGUGGGAAAGCCUUCAGCCGCAGCUCCAGCCUAAUUCAACAUUGGAGGAUUCAUACCGGAGAAAGGCCUUAUGACUGCAGUGAGUGUGGAAAAUCCUUUGCUCACAGUUCCAGUCUCAUUGAGCACUGGAGAAUUCACACAAGGGAAAGGCCUUAUGAGUGCAAUGAAUGUGGGAAAUUCUUUAGCCAAAACUCCAUUCUCAUUAAACACCAAAAGGUUCACACUGGAGAAAGGCCUUAUGAGUGCAGUGAGUGUGGGAAAUUCUUUAGCCGAAAGUCCAGCCUCAUUUAUCACUGGAGAAUUCACACUGGAGAAAGGCCUUAUGAGUGCAGUGAGUGCGGAAGAGCCUUCAGCAAUAACUCUCACCUGGUUCGUCAUCAGAGAGUUCACACACAAGAAAGGCCUUACAAGUGCAGCCAGUGUGGGAAAGCUUUUAGUGAAAGGUCCACCCUUGUGCGACACCAGAUAGUUCACACCAGAGAAAGGACUUAUGAGUGUGGCCACUGUGGGAAAAUCUUCAGCCGCCUCUGCAACCUUGCUCAGCAUAAAAGGAUUCAUAUCUGAGUGGAGCCUUAUGGAAAUAGCAUUGUGAGAAACUAUCUUCAGCCAAGUCAAGACUUCAUGCCCCAGAAUUCCCAUAGAGAAAUUACCUGCAUGUAUCACUGGUGUGAAAACGCCUUUCUGAGCAGCCCAGGAACCUGGGCAGAGUUGUCUCCCUGUCGGAGCAUAAGCCUUUUUCCAGACUGCCUGGAUCCAAAUAUUUGUAGCCGUUAUCUGCAUAUGCAUGGAGAAGGCUCUCUGUGCCUUCCUUCCCGUUUCCUGGAGGGAAUCAGGAUUGUCCUGGCCCCAUUAGAAUGGCUUCAUUCCCAUUGCCUCUGAGAGGGUUAGGGAAUGAACUGAACCCAUACUGGUUGAAGGCCCCUGAGGGAUGUUCAGUUUGGUCUUCUUGGGAAGAUGCAUGUUCCUCAUGGAUGGAUGGUAUUAAAUUGAAAACGUUCCCAAUAGUUCCAGUGUUGUUAUUCUGGUGUUAACAUUCACAACUGUCACCAAUUUGUUUUAUUUUAGAAAACUGACAUUGUGUCCUGUCACUGUGAAGACUUAAGUUCUUUAUGUACCAGAGUCACAAAGAAUUAGUUGGCUUCCUUACAUGAUGUUAUAGACUGGAUGCUUGCAUGGCCCCAAAUUCAUAUGUCAAAAGUCCCAACCCCAUAUGUGACAGUAAUACGAGGUUCAGGUGAGGUCUUGCGGGUGGAGACUGUGAUGGGAUUAGUGUCCUUAUAAGAAACGAAGAGAUCCCAGAGCAUCCUUUCUCCCCACCAUGUGAGGAGAGCAAAAAAAACAAAAACAAAAAACGGCCAUCUACAAGCCAGGAAGAGAGUUCUCAUCAAGGAACCGGGAUUGAAAUUGGCUAACACCUAGAUCCUGAACUUCCAGCCUCUAAAACUGAGAAAUCUCUGUUGUUUAAGCUGCCCAGUCUGUGUUAUUUUGUUUUGGCAGCUGGAACAGACUGAGACUCUCACUAAGAGAUGAAGAAGGUCCCUCUCACGGGCUUCUACAAAGCAAAAAUGGUGCUGGCAGUCUUAUAAGACCAGGUAUCAAACUGAGGAUGUUCAGACGUUCAGUCCUGCUCUCUUUAAUUACCAUGGAGACAUGCAUGUUUGUUCAUAACUGUCACUAAAUUUUUCGUUGACUGUGAGAAAACAAAUUGACACUGCCCUGCUGACAUGGGGUCCAAAUAUGUCACACACCACAGUGAAAUAAGCACUUUGCCUCUGUGGAUUAACUUUUUUUUUUUUUUUUUUAAGAUUUUAUUGGGGAAGCGGAACAGUAUGU